ACUAGAGAACCCGUCUUCUAAAUUUGAUGACCUAAGUGACAUAGCGUGCUAAAUUUGAGGACCGCUAGCUGACAGGUGCUGUAUUUUACUCCAUCCUAGCUAUUCCUUGGUUGCCUUCUUUAUAAGAGCAUACUCCUCCCCACUGCAGCCUUUUGCUACUGCAUGCACACAAGAGAGAGAGACGAUUAAAUUGCUCCCACAGCAAAUCCAAAAGUUGAGCCCUGAGUAGCUCGCCGCAGCGGGCAGGGCAUCUUGUCCCGUUGCUCUUUCCUUGAUCGUCCAUCCAUGCAUCCAUGGACCACGGUGCUUUUGCAGCUGCAGCAAGGCUCUCCCCUCCGGCUACUAUAGCGGUUACUAGUGCGUGAAUGCUCCUUCUGCACCUCGCUUGCCAUAUACCUUGCAUCAGCAGCAGCUACCCAGCAGCUCGAUCGCGCUCCCGCGAGUACACUAGAAGAUGAACAGUGCAGUGGAAGUGUAGUGGAGUUGCAGCCAUUAUCGAUCGCCACCACACUGCUCCUACUCAUCACCUGCAGCACCUAGAUCAAGAGGUCUGAUUCUUCCAAGAUGGAUCAUAACUUCAGCGAUAUGAUCUCGAGCGAGAGCGCAUGGAGCGGCGGCGUGGGUGCCGGCGACGGCGCGGGAAGCGGCAUGACGGUGCUGGAGAGGCUGGUGCUCGACGAGGCGCUGGCAGCGGCGAUCCUGGAGCUGCAGGGCAUCCAGCAGGCGCCCGCCUGCGCGGGCAAGGAGGUAGUAAUGGUAGCGGAGCCGACGGCCGGUGGUGGCGUGGUUGGGGAGGCCGCUGUUGCCUUCCCCUCGAUGGGGAUGGCGACGCCAACGCCCGCCUACGCGGACGUUGACGCGGAUGUCCUGCAGCGACAGCAGCAUCACCAUCGCCAUCACGGCGCGAUGGGGAUGCCUCCCGACUACGACCUCACACCAGCAACACCCGCUGUCACGGUAACUGCUGUGCCGCCCGCGUUCACAUCCGCCGCAGCAUACAGCGGAGGCAACUUCGUCGUCGGACAAUCGCCGGCGGUCUUCUCCACCAGCAACGAGACGACAGCAACGGCGGCGGCCGUGACCUCGACGACGAGCCUGAAUUGUGAACAAGGCGGCGGAGGCGGUGGUGGCCGAAGGCAACGCCGGGCCAACAGGAAGAGGAAGGCCGCCGCCGAGCGGUCACCGGUGGCGGCGGCACAGGAGAGCACCCUGUGCAGCCUCCUGGCGUCCACCACCACCGCGGGCGAAGGCGGCAUCCAGAUCGCAUUCAGCAACGCCGCCGCCGCCGCCAAGAGAUCAGCCAAGCCGUCGUCGCUGAGUAGCAGCGGCUCGUCGAGCAUCAGCUUCGACGGGCGGAACCCCGAGACGAACUGCGGCGGCGUCGACGACCCCAUGUACGAGCCGGACACGGAGGCGCUGGCGCAGGUGAAGGAGAUGAUCUACCGCGCGGCCGCGAUGCGCCCCGUCUCCCUCGGCUCCGAGGAGGACGCAGGCGAGCGCCCGCGCCGGCGCAACGUGCGCAUCUCGUCCGACCCGCAGACGGUGGCGGCGCGGCAGCGGCGGGAGCGCAUCAGCGAGCGCCUCCGCGUGCUGCAGAAGCUCGUCCCGGGCGGCGCCAAGAUGGACACCGCCUCCAUGCUGGACGAGGCCGCCAGCUACCUCCGCUUCCUCCAGUCCCAGGUCCGGGAGCUGCAAACCCUAGACCGCCGGAACUACGGUCUAACGACUGCGGAUAAUAAUGCCAGCAGAGCCACCGCCACCAUGGCUGCUUCUGGGCCACUGAUGAGCUACAACAAUGGCCACGGUGCCUUGCCGGCCUUCACGUUCCCGGCAGCAGCUGGCGAAACCCUAUACUAGCAGGAGGAGGAGGAGGCGUUUUGAUCGACCAGCUGAACUAAUCAUCUAAUUUAGUUGGAUGGUGAUAGAUUUGUAACACGCGCGCAUGCCAUGUUGUUGUUAACUUUCUUUUAACGUUUUUUUGUCCAAUAUGUGCAUGCAUGAGAGACCAUCCAUCUUAUGAAAUGGAGUAUUUCAUCAUCAUUAGCAGCUCAAGGACUAGGUAGACGAUGAUGAUGGAACCAAUCAAAUGAAAGGAUGAUGCAAAAGUUGGCUUAAUAUUAACUACUCUAGUUCGUUAUAAACUCUCUCUUUUCCUUUUAAUAAGGAGAAAACAAAUUAAAAUCUC